AUGUACAUGACAACCGACAGUUGGUGCGGGUUUUGUUUGGUAUUACUUGCAAUCAAAAGGUCCAUUCAACUGGACGCCAUCGACUUCUCUCCUUCACCGCAGUGGCACAGUAUCUCGCACUCAACUAUGGGGAGCGUACCUCUCUCUAAAGGUGAAGAACCUAUCGCCGUCAUCGGAAGCGCCUGCCGUUUCCCGGGUUCUUUGAAUACUCCCUCGAAAUUCUGGGACUUUCUGCGAAAGCCUCAUGAUCUUCUCACCAAUAUUCCUAGCGAGAGAUUCAAUCCUGAUGGGUUCUAUCACCCCAAUGGGAUGCACCAUGGAACCUCGAAUGUCAAGCAAUCCUACUUGCUUCAGGAGGACCACCGUUUUUUCGAUGCAGGGUUUUUCAACAUCAAACCAGUCGAGGCCCAUUCGAUUGAUCCUCAACAACGCCUGCUAUUGGAAACGGUCUACGAGUCUCUUGAGGCGGCAGGAUUAUCAAUUGAGGGCCUUUCCGGCUCCCAAACUGGUGUCUAUGUUGGUUUGAUGUGCGAGGACUAUAUUGAUCACCUCCAGCGCGACAUAAAUACGGCACCGACUUAUCUGCCAACUGGGACUGCACGAAGCAUCGUAUCCAACCGUAUCUCUUACUUUUUCAACUGGCAUGGUCCAUGUAUGACUAUCGACACAGCUUGCUCUUCCAGUUUGGUUGCUGUACACCAGGCCGUCCAACUUUUGCGGAGUGGAGAAUCUGAUCUCGCUGUUGCCGCUGGCGCGAAUCUUAUCCUGACUCCCGAGCUCUACAUCGGCGAAGCCAAACUUAAAAUGCUUUCUCCGGGUAGCCGAUCUCGAAUGUGGGAUGCUGAUGCCGAUGGUUAUGCCAGAGGAGAUGGAGUUGCUGCAGUAAUUCUGAAGAGGCUUAGUCGGGCAUUAGAAGACGGUGACCAUAUUGAGUGCAUUAUUCGUGAAACGGGCGUCAAUCAAGAUGGUCGGACAAAGGGAAUUACUAUGCCCAAUGAGCUUGCGCAAAUGGAUUUGAUUGCUCAAACGUAUGCAAAAGCAGGGCUGAAUCCCUGCAACAGAGAGGACCGCUGUCAGUAUUUCGAAGCUCAUGGUACUGGAACCACAGCAGGUGAUGCUCGUGAAGCGGAGGCUAUUAGUAAAGCUUUUUUCGGACCCGAGGGAAAAGCUCAGGACAAUGAGGACCUGUUGUACGUCGGCUCCGUGAAAACGGUUAUUGGCCACACGGAAGGCACUGCAGGGGUUGCUGGCCUUAUCAAGGCCUCUCUCGCCGUACAACACGGUAUUAUUCCGCCUAAUAUGCUCUUCAAUACUCUCAGUCCUGCUGUUGAACCAUUCUACAAUAACCUCGAGAUAGCUACAGUUGCAAAACCGUGGCCUAAAGUAACGGGUCCUCGGAGAGCUAGUGUCAACAGUUUCGGUUUCGGCGGGACAAAUGCUCACGCUAUUGUUGAGAGCUUUGUCCGUCCACCAAAGGGCGAACACGGUCCCAUUUCGUUCACACCUUUUGUAUUUUCGGCUGCAACUGAUCAGGCACUGCAGAAGAUGCUUGUCGCUUACUCUACGUAUUUAAAAUCUUAUCCAAACUUGAACCUCAGAGACCUUUCCUAUACUUUACACAGAAGAUCAGAACUUGCUGUGAGGGUUGCCUUCGCGGCGACAUCCAUUGGCGACCUUAUUUCGGCCAUCGACACACACCUGGAGACCGCCGCAGACAAUUCUCAUCCGGGAUCUGGGGUUGGCAUUCGCCCGUCCAACAGUCCGCCUCGCAUACUUGGGAUAUUUACCGGCCAGGGUGCUCAAUGGGCGACAAUGGGACGUCAAUUAAUUUCAAAAUCUCAAUAUGCUUGGGACUUUAUUGCGGGCCUUGACCACGUCCUCCAAAGUUUGCCUGAGCCUGAUCGCCCGGGUUGGUCCAUUCUGGACGAACUAGAAGCCGAUUCUUCAAACUCACGGCUUGAUGAAGCUUUAAUAUCACAACCGCUGUGCACUGCUAUUCAGCUUCUUUUGGUCGAGCUGUUAUAUAAUGUUGGCAUCAAGUUUAAAGCUGUUGUCGGUCAUUCUUCCGGAGAAAUAGCUGCGGCCUAUGCCGCGGGGAUUAUAUCGCGCGAUGCCGCUAUCAAAGUAGCGUUCUACCGAGGUCAUUUUACAUCGCUCGCGGGAACCGACCAACCUGGUGCUAUGAUGGCUGUUGGAACAUCGUACGAAGAUGCAAAGGAUCUUUGCGACUCCGAGAUGUUUGAAGGCCGGCUUUGCGUUGCUGCUUGCAAUUCCUCCUCCAGCGUUACUCUUUCGGGAGAUGCCGAUGCCAUGUCGUAUGCCAAAGUUAUCUUCGAAGAUGAAAAGAAGUUUGCCAGACUUCUAAAAGUUGAUAAGGCUUACCAUUCACAUCACAUGUUCCCAUGCAGCAGUCCGUAUGUUGAAGCGCUCCAUAGCUCACAAAUCCAACUUCACGAGCCGGAGAACGAAUGUGCUUGGUUUUCAAGUACCUUCCAAGGUAGACGGAUGCAAGCAUGCGAUGAAUUACUGGGGACUUAUUGGAAAGAUAAUAUGGUUAAACCUGUUCUGUUUUCUCAAGCAAUAGCGGCGGCUACAGAGAACGAGGGCCCUUUUAACCUUGCGAUCGAAAUCGGACCGCACCCAGCUUUGAAAGGGCCUGCUCUCCAAACGCUGCAGGAUAUAUACGGAUCGGGGUUGCCUUACACUAGUCCACUGAGUCGAGGCUCUGAUGACGUGACCGCUUUAGCAAACUCCCUUGGAUAUAUUUGGACCCAUUUCGCUCCAUCUCUCGUUGACUUUAACCGAUAUGACAAUAUCCUUUUUGCAAACGAGGAUCGACAGCUAUUGAAAGGGUUGCCGACUUAUACCUGGGACCAUGAUCGAGUUUAUUGGCAUGAAUCUCGUAUUUCUAGAGCACACCGACUACGCAGUACGGUGCAUCAUCCGCUUCUGGGGACCAGAUUACCUGACGGUAUUAAAGAAGAGAUACGCUGGCGCAAUCUUUUGAAACCAAGUGAAUUGUCAUGGAUCCAUGGUCAUCAGUUACAGGGACAGAUGGUAUUCCCUGCCGCAGGGUAUAUCUCUACAGCGAUUGAAGCUGCGCUCUCCCUUGCGGGCAAUUUGCCAACCUCUAUCAUCGAGGUUAGCAAUUUCGUUAUCGGGCGCCCAUUGACUUUUGACGAUAAUGAAUCCGGAAUUGAGACUUUGUUUACCCUUUUCAACAUAUCAAGAGAAGAGGGUAAUUUUUCUGCUUCAUUCAGCUAUCAUGCGUGCACAAAUCAGGAAGCAGAUGCUUUGUCGAGCUUAGCCACCGGGACAAUUGUGGUGACUACCGGUGACCCGCGGUCAAAUUUGUUGCCCGCUCGGGGCCCAGAGCGACCAAAUAUGAUUCCCGUUCCCAAAGAUCAAUUUUAUCAGUCGCUUGAUGAUUUGGGUUAUGGAUACAGCGGCGAUUUUAGGUCUCUAGGCUCUAUGAAAAGAAAACUGGACAUUGGGUCCGCAACCGUGACUGUCCCAUCACAGGAACCCCAUGAGGUUUUACUCGUGCACCCAGCGCUACUCGAUGCUGCCUUCCAGUCAAUCUUUCUUGCCUAUUGGUGGCCAAAUGAUGGAAGCCUGGAACAGCUGUAUGUGCCAACGAGAAUUAAAAACAUUCGAAUCGAUGUCUCCCUGUGCCAAGAAAGCAUGGCUCCUGGAAAUUUGCUGCCCGUUGAUUCUCAUAUUAUGGAGAAUCCUUUAACGUCCAGUGGCAUAUUAGGCGAUGUCGAUAUAUUUGGUGCUGAUGAGCGGUCUAUGGCAAUACAAGUCGAAGGCGUUACCGUUGUCCCAUUUUCCGAAGGAGGCCCGCAAUAUGAUCGCCAAAUGCUAUCAGAACAUAUCUGGGGACCGGCAUCUCCGGAUGCGGAGCUGGCAACAACCAGGCGCGCAACGACGGAAGACUACGAAUUAGCGUGGUGCUUGGAGCGCAUCUCGGCAUACUAUAUGCAAAAGAUCGUAAGCGGGAUUAAACCAGAAGAUAGAAAUGGUAUCGAGUGGCACCAUAAGGCUCUUUUCGAAUUUUUCGAGAGCGUUCUCGCACAAACUCGGAAAGGACGACAGCCGUAUAUCAGAAAGGAAUGGCUGAACGACACUUGGGAGGACAUAUCUGCUAUACUAGAUAGGUACCCUGAUAGUAUCGAGAUCAAACUUAAUCACACCGUUGGUCAGAAUUUGGUAUCUGCAAUUCGCGGUGAAACAAAUAUCUUGCAGCAUCUACUUGAAGACAAUCUCUUAAAUAGAUAUUACACGGAUGCGCUCGGUAUCAGAGAAAACACGGAGUUUCUCGCGAAAACAGUUUCCCACGUCGCGCAUCGCUACCCUCAUAUGGAUAUUCUUGAGAUAGGUGCUGGUACAGGCGGAGCCACGAAAUCAAUUUUACCGCUAAUCAAUCACGCGUUCUCAUCCUAUACAUUCACAGAUAUUUCGACUGGCUUUUUCGAAGCUGCCCAAGAUAUCUUCACUGAAUAUUCCGGGAAAAUGGUGUUCAAAGCCUUGGAUGUCGAAAAAGAUAUCGUUGAGCAAGGCUUUUCAGAGCAUUCAUAUGAUUUGAUCAUUGCCUCCUUGGUUCUUCAUGCUACCGCCAAGCUCGAGCAGACAAUGGAAAAUACGCGUCGGCUUUUGCGUCCUGGAGGUUAUCUGAUAAUGCUCGAAGUAACAAGCAACGACGUUAUCAGAGUUGGUUUCGCCAUGAGCGGACUUCCAGGAUGGUGGUUGGGUCGGCCGGAUGGCCGCUUACUAUCACCAUGUGUCUCGGCUACUGAAUGGCAUCGUGUGCUUCUUAAGACUGGAUUCUCCGGCAUUGAUUCCAUGACUCCAGAAGCAGAUAUUUUGCCGCGGCCAAUUUCCGUUCUUGUGUCACAAGCAGUCGAUAGCCAGGUGGAAUUUCUUCGGGAGCCAUUGUUACAUGCCAGUCAGUACCUUCAGUCCGAGGACUGGGAGCUGGUCAUUCUAGGGGGCCAAACUAUGCGCACAAUUGUUCUGAUCGAUGAGAUUCGCCGACUCCUCUCGCCUAUGGCAAUCCAGAUCCGUCAGAUUCGCUCCCUCAACGAUGUCAGCUCAGCGCAUAUUGCCCCCACGAGUUUUGUCCUUAGCGUUACUGAACUGGACAAGCCAAUCUUUAAAGACUUUACCGAGGAAAUCAUGGCCGGCCUCAAAACAUUAUUUGAUUACCAGAGAGUAUUUCUGUGGGUGACUCAAGGCUGUAGGGCAGAUGAGCCUUACAUGAAUAUGACAGUUGGAUUUGGGCGCACACUGGCUUUGGAGGCUCCUGACCUGCGGCUACAAUUUCUCGAUCUAGACAUAAAUGAAAAGCCAAACGCCAAGGCUCUCGUGGAAGCUCUGCUGAGAUUGCACUUCAGGCAGAACGACAACGCUUUGUGGUCUAUUGAACAGGAGCUUGCAUACGAAGGCCGUAGGUUGGUUAUCCCACGUUUGAUGCCAAACAAGGCCCAAAACCAUCGCUACAAUGCGUCAAAACGCACCAUUCUCCACGCGGUAAACCCUCAAAUCACGCCAGUCUACCUAAACAAUUCCGCCGGCGCUUAUUAUUUAACAGAAGGAAGCUGUACGCCACAAAGCAAUGAAAUCAUUGUGAAAGUCAGCCAUUCUCUUUUAUUGCCGCUCGCAACCCCGGUUUAUGCUAUUAUUGGAAUUGAUACCUCAACCGAUAAGACAGUCCUGUCAAUCUCGGAUAGGAACGGUUCGUACAUCACUGCUGAUCCCAGAGAUUUAAUUGAUUGCGCGUCUGUUAAGGACAAAGAAGGCCGGCUCUUAUCUCUAUUGGAUAUUGAGAUUCGGGUCAAUAACAUAUUAUCAGUUUGCACGCCCAAUACUAAUGUCCUUCUAUACAAACCGGAUGUCACUCUGGCGGCGAGAUUCCAAGCCCGAGCCGCCGGAAAGGACCUAUCCAUUUUCUUCGCAACUUCCGAUCCCUCUAAUUCAGGUACGUCCUGGAGCGUAAUACAUCCGAUGUCUCCGCGCCGUUCAGUUCAAGCCUUGCUACCACAACGAAUCUCAACUUUUGUGGAUUUCUCAAACCCCCGCGAUCGAGUUGGAUUGUUGAUCGCUUCUUGUCUCUCGCCAAUAUGCCUACAAACUACCAUGACCCGUAAUGGGCUAGAGCCUCGACCGACAGAGAUCCCAUUAAUGGACCAAUUUAAAUGCGCAGCAGCCGGAGCAUUAUCUGAGUUACAUUCUGGCAAGCAAGUUUCCCGGCCUGUCAUGAACAUUGGAGACAUUCUUACCCGGUCAACAACACCUGAAAUGCCAGUUGUGAACUGGAGCAAUACGGUUGAUACUCCGGUAAGACUUGCUUCUGUGGACAAACAAAUGCACUUCCCAGCAGACAAGACAUAUGUUUUCUUCGGUUUAAGCAGCGACCUUGGGCAGUCUUUGUGUGAUUGGAUGGCGUAUCAUGGCGCCCGGAAUCUCAUCCUUACUAGCCGUACCCCGAAAGUUGAUCCCAGGUGGCUAUCGGAGAUGGAAUCAAUUGGUGUGAGGGUGAAGGUUUAUUCAAAGUAUGUCCCUUUUUUUUGGUUUGUUGGAUAUAGACUUACUGUGGAUAGUGAUAUUACGGACAAAACUUCCGUCGAAACCCUAGUUGCUGAGAUCCGGCGUGACUUCCCGCCAAUUGCGGGUAUCAUGCACGGUGCUAUGGUUCUUGAUGAUACAUCAUUCUUUGAUAUGUCGUUUGAAAGCAUGAACAAGGUGCUUAAACCGAAAGUUUUGGGAAGUAUUCAUUUGAAUGAAUUAUUUCAAGACGAUACCCUAGACUUUUUCAUAUUCUUCUCGUCACUCACCUCCGUGGCUGGGAACCGCGGCCAGUCUAACUAUAGUGCCGCCAAUAUGUUUGGAACCUCUCUGGCUUUUCAACGUCGCCGAAAAGGUCUUGCAGGCUGUGUUUUACAUAUUGGUGCGGUUAUGGGCGUCGGGUACGUUAUGAGGGAAGUAACUGAGUCGGUCUUCUCAGCAAUUUAUAAAGCGGGGUUUAGAUGGAUGUCCGAGCGCGGAUUCCAUCAAUGUAUUGCUGAGGCGAUAUUAGCUGGCAGACCUAACUCUCACGCUAACCCGGAGAUCGUGACUGGCUUGCGAGUUAUCAACGCAAAUGAAGAAGAGCCAGCUCCUUGGAUGAAUAUCCCACGCUUCCAACACUGCAUCAAUUUGGGUAAAUCGGAUGGGUUGAAGAAGAACAGCGGAAAUACCGCUAUUCCGGUAAUGAUAAGACUUCGUGAAGCUGCGUCCGAGGAAGAAGCGCUUGAUAUAAUCAAAGAUGCCUUGCUCGCGAAACUACAAAUCGCACUCCAACUUCAAUUGGAAGACACAUCCAUUCGACACCAAGUACUUGAUCAAAGUGCUGACGAGCUCGGGAUUGACUCUCUUGUUGCCGUUGAGAUUAGGUCUUGGUUUUUAAAGGAACUGGAACUCGACAUGCCUGUUCUUAAGAUCCUUGGGAGUGCGACUAUUGCAGAUCUUUUGACUUUCACUCUUGAAAAGCUCCCUCCAGAGAUAACAUCAUUCCGGCAAGGAUCCCCUCUUCUACCUAUUGAAACCUCUGCAGAGCCUGAAACAGCCACGCCGAUGUCUACGGAUGCAUCCAGCUCCAGCGGGAGUAUUUCGACAGAAAACGGGACACAGACUUCUCCUUCUCCUUCUAAUCCUCCGGAAUCAAUGAGUUCAUUGACUACUGACGUGCGGAAACAACAUGAUAUAUUUCCAUCUCCCUCCGAGUCACCAGAAUCCAUUACUGGAAAUGAUUUACAAAAGCAGUUACCGAUAUCCUUUGGUCAGUCGAGAUUUUGGUUCUUAAGGCACUACCUUGAAGACCAAACCACUUUCAACAUCACAUUUUCUGUCCAAUUGCGCGGGUAUCUCCGAGUCAGUGACAUGGAAAAUGCUGUCAAGCUGUUAGGCUCCCGCCACGAGGCAUUGCGGACCUGUUUCUUUACCAAAGAUGGAGAGACUCCUAUGCAAGGCAUCCUCAAAGAAUCUCGUCUUCUACUGGAGAAGAAAACAAUACAAAAUCCAGAGCAAGUUACCGUGGAGUUCGAAUCGAUGCGGGAUUACGUCUUCGAUAUUGAACAUGGAGAAAACAUGAGAGUUCUACUUCUCUCUUUAACCCCCACCGUUAAUUAUAUGAUUAUCGGCUACCAUCAUAUAAAUAUGGAUGGCGCAAGUCUUGAGGUCUUCCUGGAUGAAUUGGAGAUGGCAUACACUCACAAACGUCUUCCGCAGCCCGUAUUCCAGUAUUCUGAUUUCUCUGAGCAGCAACGGUUGGAGUUUAAGAAAGGUCAAAUGAAUGCAGAGCUUAACUAUUGGAAAUCAGAGCUCUCUGACGACUUGUCAGUUCUGCCCUUAUUGCCUUUUUCAUCUGCUAAACAUCGAUCUCCCAUCGAAAAAUACGAACACCAUAGAGAAGACUGUCGCAUCAGUACUGAACUAGCUACCCAAGUCAAAGAUAUGUGUCGGAAGAAUAAAGUCAAUGUAUUUCACUUCUACCUUGCAACAUAUGCGGUCCUAUUGUCUAGGCUUCUCGAGGUGAAUGACCUCUGUAUUGGAAUGGCGGACGCUAACCGAAACGAAACGCAUCUGGUGAGAAGCAUGGGAAUGUACUUGAAUCUGCUUCCACUCCGCUUCCACCUCGGUCAGAACAAAUCUUUCACUGAGGUCUUAAAGGAAACUCGUCGAAAAGUGUAUUCGGCCAUCGGUCAUUCUCGCCUACCAUUCGAUGUUUUACUUGAAGAACUGAAAACGCCUAGGUCGACGGAAUUCAGUCCGUUGUUUCAAGCGUUUAUAAAUUAUCGCCAGGGUGUCAAAGAACAAAGACGCAUGGGAGACAUGGAAGGCCAAGGGGAAGAGUACGCUUUUGGUCGCACCGCAUACGACAUUACUUUGGAUAUAUUUGACAACCCAGGAAGCAAUCCCUUUGUAAUGUUUAUUGUACAAAAGCAACUGUACUCUCACAACGAUGCCAAAAUCCUUGCUAAGGCCUACUGCAACCUGCUGGACUAUUUUUCGACGAGUCCAGCUGCAACCCUAGAAUCGAUGUCUCCAUUUACGGCCAAUGACAUUGCCAUAGGGCUGGAACUUGGUCAGGGCCCUAUUCGCAAUACCGAAUGGCCCGAAACGUUAGCACACCGUAUAGAUCAAGUUGCCAUGAAACAACCAAAUUCGAUAGCUCUCAAUGACGCCUCGGGGAUUUGGUGGACAUAUCAGCAGAUGAUUGACCGUGUUAAUGGAAUAGCAUUGGCACUCAUCAAAGCAAACAUACCUCUGAAAUCACCGAUUGCUGUGCUCCAGGAGCCCACGCUGGAUUGGGUCUGUUCGUUGCUGGCUAUCUUAAGGGUUGGUGGUAUUUAUGUGCCUUUGGACGUAAAUAUACCUUCAGCUCGAUUGAAUACUAUAAUUGAGAACUGUCGUCCAGCCGGGAUCUUAAUUCAUAACGAAACCUCUGGCAGGAUAAAUGACCUUGAAAUGCUCAGGAGCACGAUUAUUGUCAACAUUUCCGCUUGUUCCAGUCAGUUUUCAGGCGAAAGCAUAGAAAUCACAGCUCGUGCGGAAGAUGCAGCCGUGAUACUUUAUACAAGCGGGACUACGGGAGUUCCCAAAGGUGUGGUCAUGUCGCAUGCAGGAUUACGGAAUCGAAUGGAGUUUGCAAUGGUCUCAACCCCAGGCACUGUCCUCCAGCAAACCGCUCUAAGCUUCGAUUUAUCCAUUUAUCAAGCGCUUCUCUGCAUCUCUCGUGGCGGGACUUUAGUCGUGGCCCCAAAAUCAGUACGAGGUGACCCAUUCGCAAUUUCUCAACUGCUUGUACGCGAAAAUAUCACAUAUACUGGAGCCACGCCCUCGGAGUAUUUGAGCUGGAUCAACUAUGGCAAAUUUGAAUUAAUCAACAGCAAGCAGUGGAGAUACGCCAUGUCCUGUGGGGAACAAUAUCCUCAAAGGCUUGUUAGCGAAUUCCAAAACCUCUCGCUUCCUCAUUUACGCCUGAUCAAUGCAUAUGGUCCAACCGAAAUAACCUUUGAGUCAAACAACUUUGAAAUACCCAUCAUAGAACCCGCGGGCACCCGUAUCCCCGUGGGCCAUACCCUCCCGAAUACCUCUAUCGUCAUCCUAGACGAGAACCUGAAUCCAGUUCCUGCAGGAUUCCCUGGGGAAAUCUGCAUUGGCAGUGCAAGCUUGGCUUUAGGUUACCUCAACGAUGAAUCUCUCACUGCAAAGAAAUUCGUUUCUCAUCCCUUCCCUUCCGGCCAGCUUGCAUCUUAUGGCUUAGACAAGAUAUAUCGAUCAGGAGAUAAAGGAAGAUUAAAGGAAAAUGGACUGCUUGAGAUUCUUGGUCGUAUUGAUGGGGAUACUCAAAUUAAACUGAGGGGGAUUCGCAUCGAAACUCAGGAUAUUGAGAGAACCAUUCUGAAUUCAGCCAAAGGGAAACUGGCUGAUGUUGCCGUUGUACCUCGUGGAGAUCCGCCGGUGUUGUUAGCUCAUGCCGUAUUCUCAUCCGCAGCUACCGUCGUUGACAAGGCCGGAUUCUUGAAAAGCUUAAUCCCAUCUCUUCCCCUUCCCCAGUACAUGAAACCAGCAAUGAUUGUCUCCAUUGAUUCAAUGCCGCUCAGCGUGAACGGAAAGGUCGACAGACGCGCUCUUCGAGAGCUUCCUCUAGCCAGUAUAUCCGGCACAUCCGGAGCCGUUGUUGAACUUAAUGAGACCGAGUCGGGGCUCCUAGAGAUUUGGGAAGAAGUCAUUUCAAAGGACGUAUUGCGUUCCUAUAACAUUGACAGAAGCACAGAUUUUUUCAAUAUCGGCGGAAAUUCUAUGCUCCUGAUCAAAGUUCAGGACCUCAUUAAGCGUCGCUUUGAUAUUAGUUUGGCCUUGAUUCAUCUCUUUGAGAAUAGCACGCUCAGUGCCAUGGCUGCUGCAAUCUGGAGCUUACCGGGAAUCGGAUCCCCUGUUAUAAACUGGGAUGCAGAAACAUCGGUUCCCGAAUAUUUAAAAAUCGAAUCUCCGAUUACCGUAGCUAACAACCCACCCCGUGUGGUGGUUCUCACCGGCGCCACUGGAUUCUUGGGUAAAGAGAUUCUCCAGGAGCUCCUUACAUCAACUUUCGUGGAGAAGAUUCACUGCGUCGCCGUUCGAACCGGUAGCAAACUCGACGAAUUUUGUGAGCCUGGCAAGGUAGUCGUUCACAGAGGUGACCUUAGUCACCCCCUUCUCGGGCUUUCGGAGGACGUGGCUAGGUCGAUUUUCAAUGAAGCCGAUGCCAUCAUCCAUAAUGGAGCUGAUGUUUCCUUCCUCAAAACGUAUCAAUCCCUAAAGCCAUCAAAUGUUGGCUCCACUAAAGAGCUGGCCAAACUUGCCCUAAGCCGCCACAUUCCAUUCCAUUAUAUCUCCACGACAACAGUUGGGCGCUUGAACAAGUCAGAAACAUUUGAAGAAGUCUCGUUAGCAUUGUCUCCACCACCGCCAUCCUUCAACGACGGCUAUUUGACGUCGAAGUGGACAAGUGAAGUGUUUCUCGAAAAGAUAAGCGCCAAGUUCGGUCUCCCGGUGUGGAUUCACCGCCCGUCUAGUAUCCUUGGUGACGACGCCGGUGACCUCGACAUAAUGAAUAGCGUGCUGAAAUACUCUCUGCUUACAAAGAUGGCUCCUCGAUCCAAGCUUUGGAAGGGCCAUGUGGAUUUUGUUACAGCCGCCCACGCUUCGAGCGCAAUCGUUGAAGAGGUGUUCAGGACUCGAGCGGAUAAAGAGGCUGCACCAGCGUCUAUCACCUAUCUCCACCAUUCCGGGGACCUGGAGAUGCCGAUGGAUGCGAUGGAUGCAUUCAUGGAAGAGGAGGAUGGCAGUGGCGCUGCGUUUUCGCAGUUGCCUUUAGCUGAGUGGAUACAACUUGCGAAAGAACACGGUAUGGACACCCUCGUUGCCGGAUACUUGAGCGCUAUUGAGGAAAAUGGUGUGGAGAUGUUCUUCCCACGAGUGGUCAAGUCCAUGAAGGCAUGAGAGAGAGAAACUCCAGGAGGUUUAUUUUACGCAUCUGAGAUUUUCGGACUCAAUUUUAAUUAUAACAUAUUGUAAUGUAUAUUAGUAGUACACUUCAUUCUAUUUAUGACAACAC